GUCAGAGUGUUGGCAGAGCUGCAGGAGAGGAGACGUCUCUCUGUUUCUCUCUGAAGACUAAUUCAACUGAAGACAAACACUGGUUGUAGAGAUGUCUGCUGCCAGCUGUCUGCUGACUGAAGAUCAGUUCCUGUGCUCCAUCUGUCUGGAUGUCUUCACUGAUCCUGUCACCAUACCAUGUGGACACAACUUCUGUCAAAACUGCAUCACUGAACACUGGGAUAGUAAUGUCUCCUGUCAGUGUCCCAUCUGUAAAGAGACUUUCAGAAGAAGACCAAAGCUGAGGAUCAACACCUUCAUCAAGGAGAUGUCUGCUCAGUUCAGACAGUCAGCUCAGCAGAAAUCCAGCAGCAGCAGCUCAGAGAGACAAGUUUCCAAACCAGGAGAAGUUCCCUGUGACGUCUGCACUGGAACCAAAGUGAAGGCCCUGAAGUCCUGCCUGGUGUGUCUGACUUCUUACUGUGAGACUCACCUGGAGCCUCAUCUGACCAAGUCAGGUCUGAAGAGACAUCAGCUGAUGGACCCUGUGGAGAACCUGGAAGACAGGAUGUGUGAGAAGCACGACAAACUGCUGGAGCUGUUCUGUAAGAACGACCAGAGGUGUGUCUGCAUGCUGUGCUCAGUUACAGACCACAAGACUCAUGAUGUUGUUCCUCUGAGAGAAGAAUAUGAAGGAAAGAAGGCCGAGCUGGGGAAGACAGAGGCUGAAAUUCAGCAGAUGAUCCAGAAGAGACAAGUGAAGAUUGAAGAGCUCAAACACUCAGUGGAGCUCAGUGAUGAGAACGCAGACAGAGAGAUAGCAGAAGGUGUUGGAGUCUUCAGCGCUCUGAAAGAAUCUGUAGAGAGACGCCAGGCUGAGCUCAUCAACAGCAUCAAAGAGAAGCAGAGAGAGACGGAGAAACAGGCUGAAGGCUUCAUCAGAGAGCUGGAACAGGAAAUCUCUGAGCUGGAGAAGAGACGUGCUGAGGUGGAGCAGCUCUCAUGCUCUGAAGACCACCUCCAACUCCUCCAGAACUUCACGUCUCUGAACGCUGCUCCACCCACCAAGGACUGGACUGAAGUCAGAGUCCAUCCACCUUCAUAUGAGGGGACUGUGGUGAGAGCAGUGAAGCAGCUGGAGGAGACCAUGAGUGAACAGAAGAAGAAGCUGUUUGAGACUGAGCUGAAGAGAGUCCAGCAGUAUGAGGUGGAUGUGACACUAGAUCCUGAUACAGCAAAUCCCAGACUCAACCUGUCUGAUGAUGGGAAACAAGUUAAACAUGGUGAUGUAAGACAGGAUCUCCCAGACAAUCCAGAGAGAUUUGAUCAUUGUGUUUGUGUUUUAUCAAAGCAGAGUUUCUCUUCAGGCAGAUUUUACUACGAGGUUCAGGUUAAAGGGAAGACUGGCUGGGAUUUAGGAGUGGCCAGAGAGUCGAUCAACAGGAAGGGAAAAAUCACACUGACACCCAACAAUGGUUACUGGACAAUAUGGUUGAGGAAUGGAAAUGAGUACAAAGCUUGUGCUGGUCCAUCAGUCCCUCUCUCUCUUCAGUCUGGUCCUGAGAAGGUGGGGGUGUUUGUGGAUUAUGAGGAGGGUCUGGUCUCCUUUUAUGACGUUGAUGCUGCAGCUCUGAUCUACUCCUUUACUGGCUGCUCCUUCACUGAGAAAAUCUACCCAUUAUUUAGUCCCUGCAAGCACAAGAGAGGUAAAAACUCUGCUCCUCUGAUCAUCUCUCCUGUCAGUCACACUGAGUAGAUAAGAGAGAAAAAACUUGAUCAUGCAUACAUUGUUUUGUCUUUGGCUUCAGAUCAGUCUGAGUUUUCUUUCAGUUCUUCUUUUAAUGCCACAUUAUUUCUCUCCACCAAGUUGAACCAGUUUUCCUGCAUUCAUCAAUAUAAUCAAUUCUGAUAACUGUUUUAGUGCCUUUCUGUCUGUUAAAUCCUCCAAAAACCAUGUACUCAGAAACAAACAGCAUGAACACAUAUCUGAAAUGUCUGUCUGCUGAAUGUCAAACAUUUUGAUUCUUUGAUGGAUGUAAAUAUGUCAAGUGUUUCAUACUGGCACCAAUAACUGAAGAUCAGUCUGUAAAUGAGACAACCUGACUGCUAUGUUUGACAUUUGAAAUAAAGGAGAUAAUCAAC